CAGUCGCGCGUAAUAGACGCAGAUGAAGUCUCCGUGGUAUUAUUAACUGGGUUCGGACCUUUCAGAGAGUACUUGGUCAAUCCUAGUUGGCAGGCAGCUCAGGGUUUGGAGAAGGUUGGACUGGGAGAGAACAUUAAUAUCUACAUUAAAGAGUUUGCCAUACACCUUGGAAUAGCCCCGGGCUCUAGAGGCAUCUCUCUGGAGCAGACAGGCAAGAACCAUGGUUACAGAGAUAGAGAGGUGUGUGCCUUUUGUCCUGUUAAUCAUUGCUGCAUUGAGGGAGGAUCAGAUAGACUAGACUCAAUCAUAGACAUGAGGUCCCUCUCCAAGGACCUCAAACAAAUGGGUCUGGAGGUCAUCUACUCAAGGGACACAGGAAGGUACCUGUGUGAUUUUGUGUAUUACUGCUCUCUGCACCAUGGCCAUGGGAGGGCAGCCUUCAUCCAUGUGCCAGCCUCAGGCAGCCUGGCCACUCCUGAAAGACUGGUACCACUGCUGCAGACUGUCAUUCAGGCCAUGCUCAACCAGCUGGAGGCCCUACAAACAGCCAAAGACCACAUGACAACUGUCUCCAAGACUCCCGAAGACCCAACCAUGGCUACCUCAGGCUUAGUGCACACAGGAGAUCAUCCAUGACUGGUUAGAUCAUCCCACUCGUAUUGUUACUAUUCAUACUGUAACAAUGUGUUGUAAACAGUAAGUCAUUCUGCUAAAUAUACAAGUAUGGAAUAUAGUCACGUAUGUUGAGAUGUGGAUAAUGUAUAACUCAUAAGCAAUCAGUCAUGACAGCAAGUCAUCAUUCUCAUUCACUUUUUUAUUCAAAUUUUAAGAAAAAAAUACAAGAAAUUCUCAUAGAUAUACAUUAAGAGAAUGGCAUGUCAAAAAUACACCAUCUCAACUAUACGUGUGAAAAACCAGGAGGCCUCAGAUACAGAACUU